AGGAGGAGCCCUUUGCAGUUCGAGCGCCCCGCGAGACGCGGCACACGCCUGCAGAUCGUGCCGCUUGCUGCAGCAUGGCGGAGGCAGGCAGCGGGGGCGCCGCCCCGCCGCCCAUGAUGGCGCAGUCGGGCAGCGGCGGCGUCGCGGCGCCCGGACCACGAGGGCCCAUGAUGUGCGGCGGGUUCUCGGGCAAGGACCCAGGGGACCCGGACGUCAGGGCCGCCGCCGAGUUUGCGGUCGGGGCGCUGAAGAAGGAGUUCGCGGACGUCGCUUCGCUCGUGAAGGUCGCCGAGGCAAAUUCCCAAGUCGUGGCGGGCGUCAUUUACCAGCUCAAAAUCCACGUGGCCUAUUCGAACGAGGAGACCAACGUCUUUACAGCGAAGGUCUUGAAGCCUCUGCCGCACACGGGCAACCCGAUGCAGCUCAUGCAGCACGAGCACCUCGGCAAACUGUGACGUAGGGCCGUGGCGCAGGGCCGUGGCUUCUUGUCGUUUCUGUUUCUCCGCGCGAACAGUGUUCGCACCGCGUCGGCGAUGCGAUGCGCGGAAGAGGCGGCGAGCCCUCCGACUUCAUAAUCUCCCGUCGUCCGCGUCCGUAUCUUUC